GUGACAUCAGUAGGGGUGGGCAGUCAGAUGCCUCCCUUUGAGGACUGUCCUAGAACAAAGCUGAGCUUGUGGCCCAACACAUUUGGCUGUGGGAGCAACACCUGGAGUGCUUCCUUCCACUAAAGCAGGAAUCCUUUCCUCUAAGCCCCUGGGGAGACCCAGAAGCAGACCUUCUCCGCUUGCCUAGGGAGAGGCUGAGAUGAGUGCAGAAAGUGGGAGGAUGCAUGGUCAUGCUUCCUCCUCUGGUGACAAGAAGUCCAAGAGAAAGCCUAAGAGAAAGGAAACUUAUUCAGUCUAUAUCUACAAAGUACUGAAGCAGGUGCACCCUGACACAGGAAUCUCCUCCAAGGCCAUGAGCAUCAUGAACUCAUUUGUCAAUGACAUCUUUGAGCGGCUGGCAGUGGAGGCGUCGCGCCUGGCUCAGUACAACCACCGCUCCACCAUCACCAGCAGAGAGGUGCAGACAGCUGUGCGGCUUCUGCUGCCUGGUGAGCUGGCCAAGCAUGCUGUGUCCGAAGGCACAAAGGCUGUUACCAAGUACACCAGCAGCAAGUGAUGCUGUGUUGCAAUAAAGCCUUCCUGCUCUGACUGCA